AUGCUCAAAUGUCAAAGUCUUUAUAAGGCUAUUCUUAAAUAUCUGAAGACCUUCAAAAACUAAUAAUAUUAAUCUUGGAAAUGGCACAACUACACUUAGUGGGCAGAUCUUUCAUUCAGACCAUUAAUUAUAAUGUAGAUAAUAUUUAUCACCAUUAAAUUAUUGAUCGUUGCUAAUAAUUAACUAUUAUGGAUCAUUUUUGGAAUUCAGAUUUUCAUUCAUUUAAUCCUAUUUUUCUGUCUUCCAAAAUUCUUAUAUAAAGAAUCCUAUUUUUUAUAACUUGUUCCUUUAAUAUAACAGGAAUGUUUUUGUGUACUUUGUUACUUUCUAUUAGAUGAAAGUUACAUUAUGUUUUAUACAACCAUUUGUAUCAUCUUCCAAAGCAUGUAUUCAACAAUAUUAUGGAAAGUAUUUGCUAUUAUAAUCUUUUUAAUUUAAACUAUAUUACUUUUAGAUCUAUCAUCUUUUGAAGGAUUAUAUUUUACCAUUACUUUAUUAUUUAUGUAAAUUAUAAGAAAAGAACUAUAAUAAAUGCAACAUUUCCUCAAUUUAUAAGCAUUAUUUUUAAUAAUAGAUUCUACACCUUAAGCUAUGUGUAUAGCUCAUAAAGAUAAAAAUUGGUUACUCUAUUCCAAUAAAGUAUUUGAUAAUUUAGCAUAUAAAUUAGAAAGUACAAAUCAAUCUGAAACUGAUUAAUCUCCAGAAAAAACAGCUACUAACAACUCUACUAAAAAUUAAUUAACAUUUUUAUAAAAUUUAUAAUUAGAUGAAUUAAAUAAUAAUAAUUAAAAAUUUGUUUAAUUUGAUUUUGAUGAUGAUGAUUUAUAUUUUGAUGAUCAAUACAAAAUUAAGAAUGUAAAUUAUAGUAAAGAUAAGAAUUCAAUAUAAUAUUCUAAAGCUUUUUCUUUUGAAAUUCCAACAGAUCGUCCUAAAAAUCAUGUUCAAUUUUAAAAAUUUUUCCAAUCCUUUAAAAAUCCUGAGGAUGAAUCCAUAAUAAAAAAAACAUUUACCUCUGAUGUUACAAUGAAAAUUGAAGUUAAUAAUCCUCCAUAAUUUCAUUUAUUAUCAUCAGCAGGUAAGAAAAGUCCACGUAAAAAAUCUAAUCUUCCAAAUAAAAUAUCUAAGUAAAAUAUUAAUAUGACUCCAAGUCGAAAAGUAUCUGCUGAUUAAUUAUUGAAUAGUAAAGAAUAUAGAAAUUCUGGUCAUAAAUAAUCUUUAUUAGAUGGAGAAAUGAAUUUAGUAAAUAAAACAAAACCAGUAUAUGUUCAUAAAAUGAAAUUCUUAAUUAAUGUAUUAGAAAAUUGUAGAUUUUUUGAUAAUGAUGAUGAAUUGUAAAUAUAUUUCAUUCAUGAAGUAAAUUAAAUCUUAUUAAGAGCAAAAUUAAAAAAAUUAGAAUCAAUUAAAAAGAAUCUUUUAAGAUCCAUAUCUCAUGAAUUACUAACAAAUCUUAAUGCAGUCUUUGGAUAUAUCAAAUAAAGUUAGCAUAAAUUAUUAACAUAAGAAUCUUGUCAUCUUUAAUUAGAACAAGCAUUGAGUUACACAAAAUUAUAAUAAUAUAAGAUAUAUGAUUUCUUUGAUUAUAGAGACAUUUUAGAAGAUAGUUUUUAAUUAAAAUCAGAUAAAUUUGAUAUCAAUACAGUUAUUUUAGAAUGUGUGGAUUUAUUUAAAAAUUAAAUUGAAAGAAAAUCUUUAUUAAUUAAUGUUGAAUUACCUGAAACUUCUUAUAUUAUAAGUGGAGAUAGAUAAAGAUUGUGUUAAGUACUCUUAAAUUUAAUAGGAAAUUCAAUACGUUUCACUUUUAAAGGAGGAAUCACUAUUAUAGUUUAAAAGUAGGAAUAUAUUGAAUCAAUGGAAGGAAUAGAUGUAAAUUCAGCUAAUUUAUAGGAUAAUAAUUUACUUGAAGUUUAAGUCAAUGAUACUGGGAUAGGUAUGACAGAGAAUGAGUUAAGCAUUUUAAGAAAAAAGGUAUUCCUUUUAAUUAGAGUAGUUACAUUUAACUGAUGAAGAUGAAAAAGUUUCUAAACAUUCAGUUGGUAUUGGUUUGGGAUUGUCUGUUAGUAAAUAAAUUAUUAAGUUAAUGGCUCCCAAAAAUUAGAAUUAUCUUUCUGUAGAAUCUAUAAAAGAUGAAGGUACUCGAUUUAAUUUUCUUUUAAAAUAUAAUGAAGAAUAAAAUCUGAACUCAAAUUUCUUAUAAAAAUCAAAUAAUCACACAGUUCCUUAUGUAGAUGCUUAAAGUACUUAAUAAGUUCGUGUGAUGAAUUAUAAUAAAUGUAAUAAUCUUUAGAUCACAGAGAAAUAGGGUUAAUCAGAAUUAUAAUUAGAUGUAUUAAUAAAUUAAUGUAAUUGCAAAAUUGUAUUAAUUGUUGAUGAUGAACAAUUCAAUGUUGAUGUUCUAUCACAUAUGGUUAAAUAAUUAGGAUUUGAUAUAGAUUUUGCUUUUAAUGGGAAAUAAGCAAUUGAAAAAGUACAAACUCAAUUACUUAAAAGAUGUAAUCAAUAAAGUUGUAUUGGGUAUAAUUGUAUUUUGAUGGAUAUAAAUAUGCCAAUGAUGAGUGGAUGGGAAACUGUAUAAAGAAUUCGAUAAAUAGAAAAUGAAAUACAUCUAUGUAGAACCAUUCCUGUUGUUGCAGUUACUGGUUUCUGUAGUAUUAAAGAUUAAUAGAAGAGCAUAAAUGAAGGAUUUAAUAGUGUUUUGAUUAAGCCUGCUACUAAAGAGAAGUUAAUUGAUACUUUUAAUCGACUCAGUAUCUGA